AGGCAGAAAAGUUAACAAAGGGUUGUUUUUGGUCAAAUUUUCCAACCCUAAGUGAUGUUACCGAUUAAGUGGAAUAGUAUAAGGACGUCUUGAAAUUUUGGAAGAAACAAUAGGAAUAAUAUUAAUCGAAACUUAUUUUGUAAGUCUAUAAACAAUAAGUGGAACAAUGUAAGGAUGUAAUGAAAUUUUGGAUGGAAUAAUAGAGUAAUAUUAUUUCGUAAAUGUAGAUCCGUUUUUCGAAACCUUAUAUAGGAGUCUAAUCUAGCUCGACUUUAGCCCAACUCAUUUCAAACGAAUUUUUGGAUGGAAAAAUAGGAGUAAUAUUAAUUAAAACCUAUUUCGUAAGUCUUAUCCCUUUUUCGAAACCUUAUAUAUAAGUCUAAUUUAGCCCGACUUUAGCCCAACUCAUUUCAAACCCUCUAAGCCCAAAUAACAGACAAAUAGGAUUCGAAAUUUCGGACCCUAAUUUCUAUCAAUUGACUUUUCACCCGCCAAUUUCAAAUAUCGCCGGAGUAAACCUCUCUACCGUCAAUUCUUCGCCUGAACCCUAAUUCUUCACCGGAAUCUACUUAUUGCCGUGAGACAGUUGAAUUUUGAAGUAAAUUCAGGUGUAAUUCGGGUGAGUUCACUGUAAUAUCUGAAGUUUGUGCCUAGUAAAAGAUUCAGUAUAUUCGAAGUGGGAGGUUCCGAGGAAAAAGGAGUGAAAAUGGAAACGUCAAAUUCAGGGAGUUCAAUCUCAAAGAGACCUGUGAGAAAGAGGGUAGCUUCAAGGAAUUAUGAUGAAAAAUUGAUGGAUGAAUUUAUGGAAGAGCAAUUGGGUGGUUCAGUGAGGAAGAGGAGUAGAACGACGAAAGAUUUGGAGAAAGAAACUGAAACGGAGGCGAUGAUAGCUCUUUCGUUGGGGUUCCCUAUUGAUGAUCUUCUCGAAGAAGAAAGAAAGGCUGGAGUUGUAAGUGAACUGGAUGGGAAAGAACAGAAUGAUUAUAUCGUUGUGAGAAACCAUAUUCUUGCAAAAUGGAGGGAGAAUGUUCAUAUUUGGCUGUCCAAAGGAAGGAUAAGGGAAACUGUAAGUGUUGAGUAUGAGAAUUUGGUGGCCAUAGCAUAUGACUUUCUUUUGUUUAACGGGUAUAUAAAUUUUGGGGUUUCACCAUCAGUUGUAUCUAAUAUCCCUGAGGAACCUAGUGAAGGGUCUGUGAUUAUUAUUGGUGCUGGUCUCGCUGGUUUGGCUGCAGGGAGGCAACUGAUGUCAUUUGGAUUCAAGGUGGUUAUCCUUGAAGGUAGGAACCGACCAGGAGGGAGAGUUUAUACUCAGAAAAUGGGAGGAAAGGGCAAGUUCGCUGCUGUGGAUCUUGGUGGCAGUGUCAUUACUGGUAUCCACGCGAAUCCUUUGGGAGUUUUGGCUAGACAACUUUCCAUUCCGCUUCACAAAGUCAGAGACAAGUGUCCUUUAUACAAGCCUGGCGGAGCUCCUGUUGAUGCAGAAAUUGAUUCCAGAGUUGAACUCAUUUUCAAUAAGCUACUGGACAAAGUUACCGAGCUAAGAAAGUUAGUAAGUGGAUUGGCUAAUGAUAUCUCCUUAGGUUCAGUUUUGGAGAUUCUGAGACAAUUAUAUGAUGUGGCUAAAACUACAGAGGAGAAGCAACUUCUGGAUUGGCAUUUUGCAAACUUGGAAUAUGCAAAUGCUGGAUGCCUCUCAGAACUCUCUGCGACCUAUUGGGAUCAGGAUGAUCCUUAUGAAAUGGGUGGCGAUCACUGUUUUCUUGCUGGUGGAAAUUGGGGCAUAAUCAGAGCAUUGUGUAAAGGAGUUCCUAUACUCUAUGGCAAGACCGUUCAGACUAUAAAGUAUGGAAAUGAAGGAGUUGAGGUCAUCGCUGGGGACCAACUUUUUCAGGCAGACAUGGUCCUAUGUACUGUUCCUCUUGGGGUACUAAAAAGAAGAUCAAUUAGGUUUGAACCGGAGUUACCUGAGAAGAAGCUUGAAGCUAUUGAUAGGCUAGGAUUUGGGUUGCUGAAUAAGGUUGCCAUAGUAUUCCCUCACGUUUUUUGGGGUGAAGACUUGGAUACCUUUGGCUGCCUCAACCAUUAUAGCCACAGACGAGGAGAGUUCUUCUUAUUUUAUAGUUACCAUACUGUUUCUGGGGGUCCAGUGCUUAUUGCACUUGUUGCUGGUGACGCUGCUCAAUUUUUCGAAAGCACAGAGCCAUCCACGUUAAUUCAUCGUGUUAUGAACAUUCUCAAAGGUAUAUAUGAGCCAAAGGGAAUAAGCGUGCCUGAUCCUAUACAAUCCAUAUGUACAAGAUGGGGAAGUGAUCCCUUUACGUUUGGCUCAUAUUCACAUGUUCGUGUUCAGUCGUCUGGCAGUGAUUACGACAUACUUGCCGAAAAUCUUGGAGGUCGGUUGUUUUUUGCCGGAGAGGCUACGAUUCGACAACAUCCAGCCACCAUGCAUGGAGCCUAUUUGAGUGGCUUAAGAGAAGCUUCUCGCAUUUCUCAAUCCAUGAAAGUGAGGCAAAACAAUCCAAGGAAAACUGUAUUAAAGAAUGUUGGACCAAGCAAGGAUGUAUUGGAAGAGUUGUUCAAAAGGCCAGAUCUAGCAUUCGGGGAGUUCUUAUUUGUAUUUGAUCCCUUCGCUUGUGAUUCUAGAUCUUUAGGACUAAUGAGAGUUACUUUUGCAAAUCCCAAUGAUGAAUUUAAUACAGAAGAGGCAGAUAAUAUGCCUCAACAAUUAUUAAAUCCAUCACUGCAGCUUUAUGCAGUUGUGUCUCGUGAGCAAGCACAUGAGUUGCAGUUGCUGAAGGAAGGAAGUGAUAGCAAAAUGUCAUAUUUUCUUAAAGAUCUGGGCUUGAAGUUAAUGGGAGCUAAUGGCUUAGGUGUUCUAGGCCAUUCCUUGGCUGCUAACAUUGGUAAUGCUCGAAGAGUUAGAGGCCGGAGUAGAAGUUAUAUUACCCAACAGAAUGCAGGCAACAGUAAUAGUCAGUUACCUUGAGUAGAUAUCAGCUAAGCAUCCUCAAUAUAUCUUCAAAUUUGUGGAGAGAUGCGAUAUUCUUUUGUAUGCUUGUCUUUUGUACUACUGGAUAUUUCAUGUAGGCUAAAGCAUUGUUUGCUCCCUUUUGUAGGCAAAGCUGUAUAAUUUUUGAUAGAAAUGAGAGAAAUUAAGAUGGAUUAAACUUGUAUCAGCAAAGAGUUGUAAAUGAAAAAAGAAGCCAGUUGAAUGCA